AUGAGUUUUACACGUAAUAUAAAAAGAUAUUCAGAUCCAGCUCAAGCUCUCUAUACAGAAGGAGAACAACUGGCAGAAUGGUUACUCACUAAAUAUAAUGCAAUUACUGUAUUAGAGAAUUCUAAUAGAUAUGAGAAAUCUAUCAAAUAUACGGAAACGAUCCUUUUAAAGAGUCAAUCUAUACGAACUAAACAAAUUCAACAACUUAGUGAAGAUGAAAUUCAGGGGUUACGAGAUGCCAAAAACCGUCUGGAAAACCAUAUAACAGAAAAUCUCCAGAACAACAUUAAAUUUCUUGAAGAUAAAAUAGCUGAUUUGACUGAGUAUAAUCAAAAUAAUCAAAAUGGCAUAAAAACUAAGGAUGACUUGAUAUAUCAACAAGGGGUUCAAUAUUUAAAGGUCCUUAAUGCGGAAAAUGAGAAGCUAAAAAAUUAUUUGAUAGAAAAACAUGACCAAUGUGUAAAAUUAAAUGUGAAUAUUUCUGUUGAUAAUGAAUUGAUUCAAAAGCAGGAUAUAAAUUUCAGUGGUUCUGAAUUUGAUGUAAAAAAAAUGAUUGAAAAAUUAGAAAGCGACUAUGAAAAUUUAAAAGAUGUGAAAAAAAAUUUAAUAAUUAAUAUACGCGAACAACUCAAUAAUAAAAUUACGAAUUUUCUUAAUGAGGAUCUUGAAAGUGAAAAGAACAAAUUAAAAGAAUUUAUAACGAACCAAUGUCAAAAUUUUGACAUGUCGAUUCGCUCAGAAGUUUUUAAUGCAUUCAAUGGUUUGCAGCUUAUAAAUGAUAUUCAAAUUCUUCGUGAAGAAAAAGAACGUCUUAAAAAUCAUUUAAAAGAAAAAUUUAAGGAAAAAAUUGAUCGUAAUCAAUCUAUUGCUGAGUAUGAUAAAUUUAAUGAGGAAACAAAGAAAAUUGAAGAUGAAUUAACCUUAACAAAAGACAAGAAUGAUGAAAUUAUAGAUCGACAACAACGUCUUCAGAACAAAAUUGAUGAACUAGAUAAAGAAGGUGGUGAAGAAGAUUCAUCUAUAAAUAAUAUUAAUGGUGCACGUCAUCAAUUGAUUCAAACACUAUUUGAUAAUAUCAAUGAAAUAAAUCGUACUUUGGAAAAUCAUUUGACAGAAAAAUAUGACCUGCUUAUUCAAUUUGUGAAUUUAAACGAUGAAAAUCCAGAUACUAAAAAAUAUUUAGAUAAAUUUAAGAGUCCUAUUUCUGAAAAAGAUAUUAACUUACGCAAGAAUAAUAAUAAUGAAGUUAUAAUCCUUUAUGGUGAAGAAAAUAUUGUCAAUACGUGUCAAUUCCAAAUCCUCUACGAAAAAUUAAAAACUUAUUCGAAUGUUCAGCUUGAAAAGACUAUUAAUGAUUUCAACUAUGAAAAGCGAAAGUUGGAAGAAAAAUCAGCUUACAUAAACGCAACCAAAACGUAUGAAAUUCAACAAACUAAUAUUCGGUCACUUCAUAAAAAACUAUGCGAAUUGAAAUCCGAUUUGGUAAAUAGGUAUAACCUACUUAUUAAGCUAGAAAAAAUCACUAAAGUUGAUGAUUCUUCCAUAUAUAGUGAGAAAGUCAAAAAGCUCAUGGAUGAGAUUCAACCUUUCAGCGAUGUUUUCGAAAAUGCAAAUCAACAUAAUAUAAAUAAUCUAAUUGAUGAUUGUGAACAAACCAUCAAUAAAUUUAAUAAAGAAAUUUCGAAUAUUCAAGCUGAAAGAGAUUACAUUGUUACAACCAUAGAUAAUGUAAAAGUUCUAAUUGAAGGUGAUUUAAUUAAUAAGUAUACACAACUAAUUCAAUUAGAAGAAUUUAAAAAAUGGACGCUUAUUUCAGACGAAUAUCAUAAUAAUAUAAAAAAAAUUCAAGAUAACUCUAACCUUAGGGAUACAAAUAAUAUCCCUAACCCUAGUGAUACAAAUGACGGGCAAAACAAUACUGAUCGAAUUCGAGAGUUAGAAACAAAUGUUUCAAAUCUUAAAGGCGAUAUUAAUUUAAAAGAUGAAGAAAUACGUGAAUUAAAAGGCAAAUUGGAGGCAAGAGAUAUAAGAAUAAGUGAAUUAUUCGAAUCGAAUAGUUCUCUUAGAAAUGAAGCUAUUAAAUAUUCAUCAGAACUUGGGAAAGCAACAAAUUUCGAAUUUGGCGAUCAUGAUAUCAAUAAUAUUGGACAAUUAUCAAGUGAAAUCAAAAAAUUAAGAAUUGAUCUUGAAUAUUUUUGUAAAUUAAGAAAAUCUAUUGCUUCCAUCAAUGAACAAUCUAUGAAAAAACUUUUGAAAAUUUACAAAUGCUCAGCAGUAUUUUCCGGAAAAAACUAUAACAAAAACCUAUUAGAAGGUCUUUUGCAGCGUCAUAUUAUCCAAGAAACCAUUUCUAAAGCGGAAAAAUAUCUUAAUGAUGAUGAAUUUCAUACGAAGACUUGUUUGGAAGCCAAAAUACAGUCAGUGACGAAUAGAUUACAAGAGUAUACAACAGCACUUUCAAUGCAAUGCUUUGGAACAGACAAAGUCUCUUCUGCAAUCCCUACGAAAUUACGUCAAAUGGUGUAUACUCUUCUUAGCAACAGAGGUUUUUCUCAGAAUAAAGAUAAACGUGAACAUCCAGUUAUCGAGCGUUUAACGAAGGAUAUUUUAAAUAUAAUGAGUAACUGUCGUACAAUAAUAGAUCCUGUAAAGAACAAAGAUAUUGAAUCAAUGGCCAUCAAAAUCGUCCAACAAAUCAUUGUGAUUUUUCUCUUUCGAUUUAAAGUUCAAGAACCUAUUAUUGAAUACCUAUGGUUUGAAAGUGGAGAUAAUAUUGAACUUGAAUUUAUGGAAUUCUCAGUAGAUGAAGAACUUAAAAAUGCCGAAGUGG